GAAAAUAAGAACAUGGAGACAUAUGAGAAUACUUCAGCUGUUGGACCAAACUCAAGGGUAACAUUGCAGAAUAUGGUAUAUGAUAAGAUAAAACUCGCCAAUCCCCACAUUUGCAUUCGUGAAGGGAUCCCUGUGCUAAGCAACGAGGCAGUUACAUGGUUUCCAUCAGAUGUAGAAGCUGGACACACACGCAUUCAAAAUCUCUCUCAAAUAGAUGAAGGCUUGUUUGACAACAUUACCGAUUUCUCUUUACAAUUUGGCGUAUCGAGCGGAACAGCUAUUGAUGUGUUUCUUACAAAACAACGAACGAAUUCUAGCGCCGCACUUUGGAGGUGA